UGUAGCCGUGUAUGCGCUCCACGUACCUCAACUGUUAUCAUUUCUCUUCUUCCUUACACUCUCUCUCUAUAUAUAUAAAUCCACGCAACACCCGAUCUCUGCACUGCAGUCCAUCACAGAGACGACACAGAGUUUUAGUAGAGAGAGAGAGAGCAGAAAAUGUCUGGCACUCAGGGUCAGGUCAUCAAAUGCAAAGCCGCCGUGUCAUGGGAAGCGGGGAAGCCUCUGGUGAUUGAAGAAGUGGAGGUGGCGCCGCCGCAGAAAAUGGAAGUUCGUUUGAAGAUUCUUUUCACCUCCCUUUGCCACACUGAUGUUUACUUCUGGGAAGCCAAGGGACAAACACCCCUGUUUCCUCGCAUAUUUGGACAUGAAGCUGGAGCAAUCGUAGAGAGCGUAGGUGAAGGCGUCACCGAACUCCAACCUGGUGACCAUGUUCUUCCGGUGUUCACCGGCGAGUGCAAGGAGUGCCGUCACUGUAAAUCAUCGGAGAGCAACAUGUGUGACCUUCUGAGGAUAAACACAGACAGGGGGGUCAUGAUCGGUGAUGGCAAGACGAGGUUUUCCAAGGAUGGGAAACCAAUUUACCAUUUUCUUGGAACUUCAACCUUCAGCGAGUACACCGUUGUCCAUGUUGGCUGUGUUGCCAAGAUUAAUCCAGCAGCCCCACUGGAUAAAGUUUGUGUCCUCAGCUGUGGGAUAUCCACAGGACUUGGUGCUACUCUAAAUGUCGCCAAACCGACCAAGGGUUCAACCGUUGCUGUCUUUGGGUUGGGGGCCGUGGGCCUUGCUGCUGCUGAAGGGGCUCGGAUUUCUGGGGCUUCAAGAAUCAUCGGCAUUGAUUUAAACCCUAAUCGUUUCGAACAAGCAAAGAAGUUUGGCGUAACAGAGUUUGUGAACCCAAAGGAUCAUGACAAGCCUGUUCAAGAGGUGCUAGCUGAGAUGACUGAUGGUGGAGUGGACCGCAGCGUCGAGUGCACUGGCAACGUCAAUGCAAUGAUAUCCGCAUUCGAAUGCGUUCACGAUGGUUGGGGCGUGGCCGUGCUCGUUGGAGUACCGAACAAAGACGAUGCGUUCAAAACUCAUCCGGUCAAUGUGCUGAACGAGAGGACUCUCAAAGGCACCUUCUUCGGCAACUAUAAACCCCGCAGCGACAUCCCGGGAGUGGUUGAGAAGUACAUGAACAAGGAGCUGGAGCUGGAGAAAUUCGUGACGCACAGAGUUGGUUUCUCGGAGAUCAACAAGGCAUUCGAGUACAUGAUGAAAGGCGAGGGCCUCCGCUGCAUCAUCUCCAUGGAUAAUUGAUGACGCCUCAUCACUCUCUGCUUAAAUUGUUACUUUGAUUUUCAAUAACAGUAAUAAUGGUCCGAACAUAUUCUUCAACAUUUGAGUUUAUUUCCGUA